AAUGAUUUACUUUUCAGUGAAGUGUUUAAAAUUAAAAUAAAAAUUUAAAAUGAGAAAAUAUUCUAUGAAAAAUAUCCUUUGUGCUUUCUUUCCUUUAUUAUCAGUUGUAUUUGUUUUUUGUGUUUCAUGGGGGAUUGGUGCUGUAUUGCAAAUAUGCUUCAACAAUAAUGCAGAAGAUUUAUCAGAUGGUUUUGAAAAUAAGUUAAGUUCGUCCUUGCAAAUUACAGAUGUAAAUGCAAAUAUGUUUUGGUUUGUUCAGAUUUCUGAUAUUCACAUUAGCAAAUUUCGUUCAUAUGACCAAGUAGAAGAUUUGAGAUCAUUUUGUUUGGAUUAUCUCUCUCUUAUUUAUCCAGAUGUAGUUAUUGUAACAGGAGAUUUAACAGAUGCAAAAGAUUUCAGGCAAUAUGGUUCAAUGCAAUAUGAAGAUGAAUGGAUUGCUUAUUCAUCAGUUCUAAAUACAUGCAAACAAUAUACAUCAAAAUGGUUGGAUAUACGUGGAAACCAUGAUACAUUUAAUGUGGCAUCUCAGUAUGAUGCUCGUAAUCUUUUUAAUAAAUAUGCUGGAAGCAGAAAUAUGUACAACAAAAGUGUCUACCAGUAUAUACAUAAAACAUCAUUUGGAUUGUAUGCUUUUAAUGGAAUUGAUAUUGCCCCUAAUCCUGGUCCUGGACGACCAUUUAAUUUUUUUGCUGUUUUAAACAAGGAUCUAUUGGCGAACAUCUAUGAAAUUUCUUUAAUGACAACUUUGAAUGCAACAAUAUGGUUUGGUCAUUAUCCACUAUCAGUAACAACUUCUCCACAUGAUUUGCGAAAGCUACUGUUGACUGGUGUUGCGUAUUUAUGUGGUCAUUUGCAUACUCUUCUUGGUUUUUUUCCACAGAUGUAUGUGGUUCAUAAAGAAGGUUUUAUGGAAUUGGAACUAGGUGAUUGGAAAAUAAAUAGAAGGUUUCGAAUUGGUGUUUUUGAUCAUGAUCUUUUUACAUUCAAAGAUUUCACAUUCAAAAAAUCAAUGGAACCGCUGGUUGUCUUUACGAAUCCACUGGAUGCAAGAUUUUCAAUACAUAAUAAAAUUCCAAUUCAUAAAAUUGUUCAAUCAACGCAUAUUAGAUUAUUAGUCUUUCAUUUAUAUGAGAUUAACAAAGUUCAAGUUUACAUAAACAAUAAGCUGAUUUGCAAUAAUACAUCAUCUGAAAAAAAUCUGUAUACAUGCCCAUGGCAACCAUUUUUAUAUUCCAAUGGUAUUCAUAAAGUUGUUGCAAUAGUCACUGAUGAAUUAGACAAAAGUUAUCAUAACAGCAUUGAUUUUUCAUUUGAUGUUCGAGUGCCGCUCCAACUUUCCAACAUGAUAAUCUUGCUGUUAGAUUUCCACAUCUUGCUUCGCAUGGGCUUCUAUGCCAUAGCUGUCAACAUUCUACUGCUUCCAGCUUUACUGAAGUACUCACAAAAUGUACAUAUAAGAAUGUUAUGGAAUUUGUUGAGUGAAGCUUGUCCGCAAAUUACUUAUUAUAUAAAAAACGAUUUCACGUUUUGGUAUUUAACUAUAUACAAUUUUUACUUGUGUAUUGGUCCUUUAAGUGUUGGAUAUUUCCUAACUGAUCAGUUGGGUGUGUUAUUUUCAUUUGGUAUAUACACAAGUAGUACACUGUUGACCGGCAGUCUAACGUAUCUCUACGUAUCAUUUCAAAUGGUUAUGUUUACUUUGGUAUCAAUGUUUUGCGUUGGUGAUUUUGGUGUUCAUUGCAGGAAUCGUACCAAACAAAGUUUACAUGUUCGAAUAAUUCUUAGUUUACUAAUUUCCUAUGAAAUAUUUGCCUCUUUUUCAUUUUUUAUGUCAUAUGGUUGGAUUUCUUGUUUUUUCAAUGGGUUAAACACUUGGUCUCUCAUUCUGCUUGUUUUUCUUUUUCAAAAAAUUAAGUCAAAAAGUUGAUCAAGGCGAUCAUUUUACUAAAAACAAUUUUUAGAAGUUGUAUAAUUAUUUAAAUAAUAAGAGAAGAAAUUUUUCUUUUGUCAUUUAUUCCUGGGAACAAAUUGAAAAUACUCAUAAAUGCAAACUUUA